AAAAUGGCUGCCACAGGUGCGAGUGGGCAAACUUCCAAUAGUGUGUCAAAUAUUUUCGAAAGUUUAAGCUACGGACCGGCACCAGAAGCUGACAAUGUCGCAAAGGCCUGGCUGGAUGACCAUAAGAGAGAAUUCGGACAUUUCAUCAAUGGAAAGUGGCACAAACCGGAGGGACGCAAAUAUUACCAAACAAAGUCCCCUGCAACAGGUGAGACCUUGGCUUCAACAAUCCAGGGUGAGGAAGCAGAUGUUGAAUGUGCUGUUCGUGCAGCCAGAAAUGCACUGGAUGACUGGCGGGAUGCACCCCCUCAUGUGAGGGCCAGACAUCUGUACAGCAUAGCCCGGCAUGUCCAGAAACAUCAGCGUCUACUGAGUGUGAUGGAGGCAAUGGAUAAUGGCAAACCCAUCCGGGAGACGAGAGAUGCAGACAUCCCAACCGUAGUGCGUCACUUCUACCACCAUGCUGGCUGGGCACAGCUGAUGCCAACAGAGAUGAAAGGAUGGAAACCUGUUGGUGUUGUUGCUGGUAUUGUGCCGUGGAACUUUCCUCUGAUGUUGCUUACAUGGAAGGUGUGUCCUGCCCUCGCCAUGGGCAACACUGUCAUCUUGAAACCUGCCACUUUCACUCGCCUCACAGCGCUGCUGUUCGCUGAGAUAUGUGCCGAGGCAGGGUUGCCUCCUGGUGUCUUCAACGUUGUGACAGGGGGUGGAGCUUUUGGCAGCAAGUUGGCGUGUCACUCUGAUGUAGACAAAGUAGCAUUUACUGGAUCAACAGAGGUUGGACAGAUUCUGCGUCAUGUUACAGCUGGGAGCGGCAAGAAGCUGUCGCUCGAGUUAGGAGGGAAAUCUCCUGUUGUUGUGUUUGAGUCAGCUGAUCUGGACUCGGCAGUCGAGGGUAUUGUCGAUGCCAUCUGGUUCAACCAGGGACAGGUGUGCAGUGCAGGAUCAAGACUGCUGGCCCAGGAGUCUAUCUAUGACAAGUUGAUUCAGAAACUGAAAGACAGACUGACUCACUUCCGUUUAGGUAACAAUCUUGACAAGGCUAUUGACAUGGGAGCCAUCGUGGACGACAGUCAGAAGCGCUCUGUGGAGGAGUUUGUAGAGCAAGCCAAGACCGAAGGGGCUGAGGUGUACCAGGCCAGUGCAUGUGUACCUGCAAGGGGAUGCUUCUAUCCCCCAACUCUCAUCACCAAUGUCCAGACAGUGUCCAGGGUGGUUGUGGAGGAGGUGUUUGGGCCAGUGCUGGUAGCAAUGCCCUUCCGGACAGCGAAGGAAGCUGUAGCCCUGGCUAACAAUACCCGGUAUGGCCUGGGAGCCAGUGUGUGGACAGAGAACAUCAGUCUAGCCAUGGAGGUGGGACUCAGCAUCAAGGCCGGCACUGUAUGGGUCAACGCCCACAACCUCUUUGAUGCUGCGGCUGGCUUCGGGGGCUACAAGCAGAGCGGCUACGGCAGAGAUGGAGGCAAAGAGGGCCUGUAUGAGUAGCGCCCUGAGUGGCAGGAGCGACCACGCCCAGGCAUUGUGCAAGUCAACAUGAAGACAUUUGGUGCUACAGUUCCAGGUCGGCCCACCAUCAAUGACAUUGACAAGAAUGAAAUACAGGUCAACGGUGUCAAGAUGCCAAGCAUUGACCGGACAUACAAGAUGUACUACGGAGGGGCUCAGAAGCGUCCUGAUGGCCAGUACACCAGACCCGUGUUGAGCUUGUCUGGGAAGGUCGUUGGCCAUGUUGGUGACGGUAACAGGAAGGAUAUACGGAAUGCUGUAGAGGCAGCUCACAAGGCUGCUCCUGGGUGGGGGAAGCGUGCAGCACACAACCGAGCACAGAUCGUGUACUAUAUGGCGGAGAACCUGGAAGUGCGGAGGGAUGAGAUCGCUCAGAGGAUCUGUGCCAUGACAGGUCAGCCUCUGGACGCUGGCCGACAGGAAGUGGACCUGGCUGUACAAAGGCUGUUCUACUGGGGGGCAUACUGUGACAAGUAUGGGGGAGCCGUCCAGGAGACAACCCUGUAUGGAGCUACUGUCAAGAUUCACGAACCUGUGGGAGUUAUUGGUAUAGCGUGUCCGGAUGAGUAUCCACUACUAGGCUUUGUCUCUCUCUUUGCUCCUGCUGUGAUCCGAGGAAACGCUGUUGUCGUUGUCCCGAGCGAGAAACAUCCGCUUGUAGCCCUUGACUUGUACCAGGUGUUUGACACAUCUGACCUCCCUGGCGGCGUGGUGAACAUCAUCACCGGUGACCGUAACCAUCUCACCAAAUACCUCGCUGAGCAUCAGGACGUCCAGGCCAUGUGGUACUUCGGCUGUGCAGAAGGUUCAAAGUUUGUGGAGUAUGCUUCUGCUGACAACAUAAAGCGAACAUGGGUCAACUACGGCAUCAGUCGCAACUGGUCCGACACAGAGGCAGGACAAGGGGAGGAGUUUCUGUUUCACUCCAUACAGGUCAAGAAUAUAUGGAUACCCAUGGGAGACAUCUUCGCCAAUUAGACUCGCUAUUGCAGGAAGUAUUCGCCGACCAGCUGCCAGUAGUUGUGGAUGUUAUGGUGGGUGCUGGUCACGUGACCGGUCCACAGAUGUGUUAACUAAUGAGUGGUGCUGAACUAACCAAUGUCGAAGCGGUUCCUGGGCUGGCAUUUCAGGGACAACUUGCUGGCUGUUUGAAUAUUGUCACAAUGUGAUACAAAUUGUGGAAUUGAAAAUGUGAAGUCCAUCGUACUUCAUGGAUUUGUAUACACUAUAUUUGAUUUUUAUACACUAUCUUCCUCCAUUUGUGAAUGAAUACCCUUGCUAUGUAGUGUAGUCACUAUUUUUGACCAGUAGAUUAGUUCAUGGGUUGGUAAAAAAUAGUGACUCUCAUGAAAUAGUCAAACAGUGACUUUUCAGGUUGCAUCACAAACACAUCAACAUUUCUCAAUUGACGAAGUGUGUAAGGUGAUAUAUAACUGUGCAUCUGCCUGCUCUACAUACAACUUCAGUGUCAGGCAGCAGUAUUGUUCGCACCACGUCUGUGUAUGGCCGAACGUGAUGUUGCUGGAAUAUUGCUAAAAGCGGCGUAAAA